CUCCCUGUGUGGACGUGUGCACGUGACGUGAGAGUAUGUGUGCGUAAAGUUCAGUCGUUCAUUCAAGGCGCGCGACUCUGGCGGGAUUACAGCGGCAAUAGUCGCGCGAGGGAAGGAUUGUUCCCGUCUGAAACUACACACAGGUGAGACGGACAACACAUGGCACUGUGUGGACUCAAGGGUCCACGUUUCUUGGGACCCAAUGUGUACCCACAGGCCCCUGAUGGAGGCUGGGGAUGGGUGGUGGCCGUGGCGUUUUUCAUGGUGGAGGUUUUCACCUAUGGUACCAUCAAGAGCUUCGGCAUCUUCCUGCAGGACCUGAUGGAGCAGUUUGGGGAGACCAACAGUCGAGUCUCCUGGGUUGUUUCCAUCUGCGUGUUUGUCAUGACUUUCAAUGGUCCUCUCUCUUCUGUGAUGACCAACCGCUUUGGGUUCCAACCUGUUGUAAUGAUUGGAGGAUUACUUAUUUCCUCGGGUACCAUUGCCACAAGCUUUACCACUUCCAUCAAUCAGAUGUACAUCACCUACGGGUUAGUUUCAGGUAUGGGCUACUGUCUGACCUUCCUGCCAACUGUGACAAUCCUGUCCCAAUAUUUUACCCAUCGACGGUCUUUGGUCAUAGCCAUUGCUUCGACUGGAGAGUCCCUGUCCAUGUUUGCUCUUGCACCAUCCUUCUCUGCAUUGAGGGACCAUAUUGGUUGGCGGCAUACCAUGGCAGUAAUAGGAGCUUUGCAAGCCACCAUCAUCAUCUGUGGUGCUCUGCUUCGGCCAAUCAUUAUCAAACCCAGAGCAACCCACGAAACAGAGACUGACAGAAAGGAGUGGGAAGUCCUUAGUACACAGGAAAACGUAGAGGACACAAACCCAGGCGACUCUAUGAAAAACAAGACAUCAUUUGAACCAAAUACCUCCCACAGUCUGGAAAAUGAAUUAACCAGAGACUCUGUGAGCACUGGAGACACUGGUGUCCAGUCUCUCAAAGACACAGAUGACAGCAGCCCAGAGGAGACUUUACUGCAGAAGGAAGCAAGGUUAGAGACAGAACAGAAAAAUGCAGAAAACAGUAAAGCAGACAUUACAGUAUCUGAGAUUGAGGUGAUAAGGAACGGAGAUUCAGAGAAACAAGUGGAAAAAGACCAGGAAAAGGAAUCGGGAGAUGAAAAGCUGUCUGCAAAGAGCUCUAAACUUCUAGAUUUCUCCAUCCUCAGAGAGUGCAGCUUCAUCUGCUACUCUCUCUUCGGAAUGUUUGCUACACUCGGCUUCUUUGCCCCUCAACUCUACAUCAUCGAGCUUAGUGUGAGUCGAGGUGUAGAGAGGGACCGUGCCUCCUACAUGCUCUCUAUCAUGGCUGUGGCUGAAAUCUUAGGCCGUUUCUCAAUCGGAUGGAUCCUAAGCCGAGAUCGGUUCAGGAAAAAGAAGCUGCUGGUCAUUCUGGCAUGUGUACUUAUAAUGACUGUGGAUCUAGUGGGAUUUGCUUUGGUCACAGAGUUCUAUGGCCUGACUGUGUGCUGUGCUUUGUAUGGGUUUUUUAUGGGGACCCUAGCAUGCACCCACAUCCCCUUGCUGGCUGAGGAUGAUGUGGUAGGCAUAGAGAGGAUGUCUUCAGCUGCUGGUGUCUAUGUGUUCAUACAAAGCUUUGCUGGGCUGGCUGGACCCCCACUUGGAGGUGUGCUGGUGGAUGUGACAAAGAACUACGGAUCAGCCUUCUACUCUUGUGCCAUCGGCAUGGGACUGAGUGCCUUGUUCUUGGGUUUAGUAAAACCUGCUAAGAAAGGAUCACUGUGUAGGACGAGGAACUCAAAAUCCUGUGAAGACACACUUGAAGUAAAAGCGCCCUUUGAAGAAAAAAGUGAAGUCGAUAAACUGGACAAAAAAACUGACAGUCCAGAGGAUUGCACAGAAGAUGACAACUUGGACCACAACCAGGCGGCUGCAACGGGAGAUGGCCGUUGA